AUGGCGAAAUUCGGAAUCGAAGGUUUGCCGUGUUUGUUUGCUCAACGCGCAACGAGCGAAAUACCUUGCUACUCACCUCUGCCCUUCUGUGGUGCACACAUAUUUAGUCCAGUUAAGUCCGUCCAUUACACUCUGCUAAUGGCACAGUCUCCUUCGGAGCUCUUCGCCACAUCUUGGACUCUUCACCGCCUCUCCCCAUUAUAUCAUACAGCAGAGUCCAAACGCACCCUUCUCGAAGAUGCACAGGCAUUGUCCAUGUACGCGAAUCGCCUCCGUGACAUGCUUACAGGCGAUACCCUUCACGGAAUCCGACUCUCUCUCGACAACAAUUCUUUGCUAGAUGAAGCCCUUGCAAAAGCUGGCUCCUUGAAAUCUUGCAGGUGGGAAACUCUACCCACCUGGCACUACUGGAACGAGGAGCGUUCCUUGCUCGAGGAUCCGGAUCAGGAGACUCUCACCAUCACUGCGGAGCAGUCCGCCGGUAUUCUCGUGACUCUAGAGUAUGAAACCAUCAAGUAUAAGGCUGCUCUGCUCUGUGACCCCGAUGGAUAUCACACGCCCCGUGAUGAUGAUGCCACCCAUCUCCCGCUCUUGGUAACGCGUAUGCCAACUGCGCUUCGCCAGGCGUUCCUUGCCUUCCUUGGAAUCAAUUUUGAUGCACGAUGCUCCGUCCUCAGGCUUCCAUCGGGGUUUUUAUGCUCAUGCUUGGAAACGUAUUUGGCGACGUUACACCAGAGUGUCCGGGGACGCCAUGAUGACCGGGAAGUUAUUGAACGGGUAAUGAAGGAGGUCCAACUAACACUAUCUUUUAAUGCGCCUGUUGCGCCCGCUUUGAAGAGCGUAGAGGUGUCUUUGCCCCGUCAGUCGCUGAGUGAAUUGUACACUCGUGGUCUGGAUAAGUCAGAGGCCUUGCGUACACCAGCGUCCCGCGGCCAAAAACGCAAAUUAGGCUCGAACACAUCAGGCAUUUCAGGCACUGAAUCACCGACUCCAUUCAUAUCGGCGUUAUCAGACUACUUCAGGACCCAUCUCGCCAUGAAUAUUGAUAUCAACACCUCUAUUACCACAACUACCAUUCGCACACCAGAAAAGCAUCACAUCCGACUAACGAAAAUUGCGUCUGGCGCUUUUGUGAUUGGCUUCGAAGGGCGAAUAAAACUUCUUGCGAAUCCCGGUCGGACAAUUCUUCUUGACGACUCACAUAUUGACGAGCCUGAUGCCGAAGACCUCCCGGAGGAUGCUGAGGAAAGAGAGAAGAGAUUUAUCUGGAAAGCCAAUGAGGAGCUGUUACGGGCAUUGGUUGCCAGGGCAGCUGGAAGUCAGAGUCAAGCCGAGAGAGCGAGUAUGACGAACGACAUUAUAACUUGAGCCGAAACGACCGUGGGAAAAAAAAACCUAUUUGUUACAUUCUAGGUGCCUUCCCUUAUAUCUAUGCUCCGUAGUCUACCAACUUCCCCGUCCGGGCGGUGCGAAGCCCAUUUCCAACGACUAUCUCACCAAACGCCGGGUUAAUGAUCUUUUGGGAGUUUGUUGGCACCGAGAACAUGGAUAUCAUGACCACUGGUCAAUAAAUGCUCGAGGAUAUACAAAGUCGCAUAUCCUGCGUCGAUUUGAGCGUUAUGGGCAGUUCAGAGCUCUGCAUCAGCUUCCUCUAGCAAAGUCGGUGCGCCUUUAUCU